CGCGAUGCCAUCAUCUGGACACGUGGACAGCCAUGUCGCCGCUGGAAAUACAGGGAGCACGGCGCUGAGGAAGGGUCCACACGGCCGUGGGUUCUCUCUUCCUCCUUUUCCUUACUUCCCUCCCCUCUUUCGGUCGCUCUCCGUCUCGCCGUGUGGAUUCACCCAUUCAUUGCUCCUUCCAGUCGCCGCCAUCGCUGAUCGUUGACAUCGUAGAUCCGGCAAAGGACUCGCUCGAUCGAAUGAUAUUCCUGCGAUUACCGGGAGCUCCAGGGAUCCCCGCGGCGUAGAUCUGCAUUGCAGCGACUGGCUGGAUCGAUCUAGGCCAGGACGCGAGCUCCAUUCCAGGGCGAUCCAUAAUCUGACCAGGCAAGGGUUUUAGGAAUGAAAGGGAGGGCGAGCUCCUCCUUCAGCGUUUCCGGGAAAUGGAUGCUCGUCCUGUGCGUCGGGAGCUUCUGCGUGGGGAUGCUCUUCACAAACAGAAUGUGGAAUUCUCCCGAGGAUCUCGAUGUGACCAGGCCGCAAACGUCACAGCGCCUCCAGAUUGUCUCGGAAGAUCACUGCGAUCCAAAACCUAAGCCUGUGAACAGCGAAGAAUCUCCAAGGGAGAUUUUAAAUCAAGUAUCAAAAACUCAUGACGCUGUCUGGAACUUGGAUAAAACUAUGUCAGCGUUAGAAAUGGAGCUAGCUGCUGCUCGAGCUUUAACUCAGCAAUCCACGAGCUCUCCCGGCCUUGGAGCCCCGACGGGAGAUUCAACUUCUGAGAAUCAUCAGAGACAAAAGGCCUUCGUGGUGAUCGGCAUAAACACGGCUUUCAGCAGCCGGAAGCGUCGUGACUCUGUUAGAGAAACAUGGAUGCCACAGGGCGAGGCUCUCAAGAGGCUAGAAGAAAAGGGAAUUAUUGUAAGAUUUGUGAUAGGUCAUAGUGCUACUCCAGGCGGGAUAUUAGAUCAGGCAAUCGACUCGGAAGAAGCUCAGCAUGGAGAUUUUCUAAGACUGGAUCACGUCGAAGGCUAUCUCGAGCUUUCUGCGAAGACUAAAAUUUAUUUCUCGACUGCUGUCGCUAAAUGGGACGCUGAGUAUUACGUCAAAGUAGACGAUGACGUACAUGUGAACAUAGGUAUGCUUGUGACAACGUUGGCUCGCCUAAAAUCCAAGCCACGAGUUUAUAUCGGGUGUAUGAAAUCAGGACCGGUUUUGGCGCAGAAGGGAGUGAAGUAUCACGAGCCGGAAUAUUGGAAGUUUGGAGAAGAUGGCAAUAGGUACUUUCGUCACGCAACUGGUCAGCUAUAUGCGAUUUCCAAGGAUCUGGCGACAUAUAUCUCCAUUAACCAGCAUAUUUUGCAUCAGUAUGCAAACGAGGACGUAUCUCUAGGAGCUUGGUUCAUUGGACUGGACGUGAAUCACAUCGACGAGCGUAGCUUUUGCUGUGGAACACCUCCAGAUUGCGAGUGGCAAGCCGAGGCAGGCAACGUGUGUGUAGCCUCGUUCGAUUGGCCUUGCAGCGGCAUUUGCAAAUCCGUGGAGAGAAUGAAGACAGUUCACAAGCGAUGCGGGGAGGGCAAUGGUGCGAUCUGGAGCGCAAAGUUUUGAUUGCGUUUUACAUCCGGGGUUUUGCAAAGUUUUGUCGCAGGAAGAUAGAAUUGAUAGGGAGGAGGAGGAAACAGCUAACACAAACCAAUUCUUUUGUGCGUUCUUGUUGUAAUAUAAUUCUGUUGUAUUCAUUUA